ACCCUCUCCCGUGCGGCCGCCGCCACCCGACCCCGAGAGCACCGCCGGCCGCCGCCACCCGCGAGGCCGCGCCACCCGCUGGCUACCGCCUGCCGCACUGCGCCCGCAGGCCGCGGCCCCUGCACCCUGCUGGUGCCUGCUGGGCGCCUGAGCGAGCGCGCGCCUCCCGCCUCCCGCCGGCGCCGUGCGCGGGCACGCGGCCGCGGCAAACCCGGCGCGGCGGUCUCUCCCGCCUCCCGCCGUCCCCGCACCCGCGCGACCGCCGCCCCGACCCUUCGAUCCGGCACCCGGUUGCAGAAGCUAGGCAGCUAGCUGACCAGCUCCAUUGCCAAUCCCCUCACUGGCAUAUUUCUUUUUUAUCAAUAAUGAUUGAUGGGUCUUAGGAAGAACUGAAAGAUUCAUAGCUCCAAUGCUCCUGUGGCGGUGGCCCAAAUGCACUGCUGAAUGGUUCAGGCACAGGAAGUUUUUCCCUUGGGAAGCUGCUUCCUGCCCCUUCUCCGUAUUCACUGCUUCAGCUCAGUUAGAUGACUCGAGCGGUGAUGAAAAGCUGAAUUGUGCUCCAGAUAACGAACCUUUCCGGAAACGACGCCGGCAUCUGAGCUCUGACAGUGUUGUGCAGACGCUCCGCUGCCUGAGGAGGAAGCCUGCUGUUGCAUUUGCCUACUUUAAAGAUACACAGAGCCUUGGGUUUCACCAUGACUUCUCAACCUUCUCCGAGAUCACACAAAUUUUAUCCCAUUCAUUCCAGGGGAAGAUGCUGGUAUCCUUGUUUUGUGAGAUUAUCUCAGCAACUGAUAGUGGCGGUCCAGAAAUCUUAACACUGCUUGAUCACCUCAGGAAAUCAUGUGUCACUUCUCACGUGCUCACGUUUGCAGUAAAUUGCUUGAUCAAGGCAUACACCACAUGCUAUGAUGCACAAGCAACAUUAGAGGAAUUUUGUCACCUUUGCAGGCUUGGAUUUCUCCCAACAGUUUGGGCUUGCAACUUUGUGCUCAAAUUUGUAUCUCAGAGUGGUGAGUCGGAUAUGGUUGUCACAGCUUAUGAUCAAAUGAAGUGCUUUCAGUUGACGCUGGAUUCUCAUUCAUUGAACAUAGUCACUAGGUCGCUUUUUCAAGCAAAGAAGGCAGAUGAAGCAUUCCAAGUGUGGAUUGGGAUGAUUGAAAUGGGAGUGAAACCAGAUGUACGUGGAUACUCGUCAUUUAUAAUUGGCCUUUGUGAUUGUGGAAAGUAUGAACUAGCUUAUAACAUGGUAAGCAGAUAUACUGUUCUACAAGAAAUCACCCAGGAGAGGGUUCCUAUUGAAGCCAUGGCUUAUAACUUGGUAAUUGAUGGACUAUGCAAAGAAAUGAAAAUGGAGGAGGCUGAAAAAGUCUUGGAAAACAAGACCAAACAUGGAUCUGCCCCUGAUCUCUAUGGUUACAGCUAUCUCAUUCAUAGUUAUUGCAAAAUGGGUAACCUAGAAAAGGCGUGGCAACAUGUUGAAGCCAUGGUAUCCCAUGGCAUUGAUAUAAAUUGUCACAUUGUUGGCUACCUUCUACAGUGCCUCAGGAAACUAGGCAUGACAUCAGAAGUUAUUGUGUACUUCCAGAAAUUUAGAGAUUUAGGAGUCCAUUUUGAUGGCGUGCUUUAUAACAUUGGCAUGGAUGCUUAUUGCAAGCUCGGGAACAUGAAUGAGGCAGUUCAGCUACUGAAUGAAAUGAUGGCUGAAGGUUUGGUACCAGACAAAAUCCACUAUACAUGCCUGAUCAACGGUUACUGUCUAAAAGGAGAAGCAGAAAAUGCUUGGCAAGUAUUUGAAGAGAUGCUGAAGGCAAAUAUAAAACCAGAUGUAGUUACAUAUAACAUACUGGCUAGCGGAUAUAGCAGAAAUGGUCUUGUUAUGAAGGUAUUUGAUCUUCUAGAGCACAUGAUGGAUCAAGGGUUGGAGCCUAAUUCACUCACCUAUGGUGUAGUUAUUGCUGGCUUUUGUAGAGGAGGCAACCUGAGUGAAGCAGAGGUGUUAUUUAAUAUAGUAGAAGAAAAAGGGAUCAAUAAUAUUGAAGUGAUGUACAGUUCUAUGGUUUGUGGUUAUUUGCACUCAGGCUGGACUGACCAUGCUUACCUGCUUUUUCUUAGGGUUGCUAAACAAGGAAAUAUGGUGGAUCGAUUUUCAUGUUUAAAAUUGAUAAACGGCCUUUGUAGAGAUGGAAAAGUUGAAGAGGCUUCAACUGUAUGUAGUAUGAUGCUGGAAAAGAAUAAUGUUCCUGAUGUAAUUUCCUAUAGCAAACUUAUAUCAGCUUAUUGUCAGACAGGAGAUAUGCACAUUGCUCGCUUAUGGUUCGAUGAUAUGGUCGAGCGAGGACUUUCUGAUGUGAUUGCAUACACUGUACUGAUAAAUGGUUAUUGCAAGGUUCGCCGGUUUAAAGAAGCAUUUGACUUAUUUGAUCAAAUGAGAAAUUUAGGAAUCAAGCCUGAUGUAGUUGCAUACACUGUGCUAUUGGAUGGCCACCUAAAGGAGAUCCUGCUCCGAGGGUGGCAGGAUUUUGAAUCCAAGGAAAUGAAGAGUUUUCAUCUUAGAGCAGAGCAUAAGAAGUUGCUGAGCUCUAUGAAAGACAUGGAAAUUGAACCUGAUGUAACCUGUUACACAGUAUUGAUUAAUGGACAGUGCAAAGCAGAAUAUCUAGAUGAAGCUCGGGGAUUGUUCGAUGAGAUGUUAACGAAAGGACUUACUCCUGAUGUUUACACAUACACAGCUCUCAUAAAUGGAUACUGCAGCCAGGGAGAUAUAGCUAAGGCUGAAGAUCUUUUACAAGAAAUGAUAGAUAAGGGAAUGAAGCCAGAUGAACUGACGUUUUCAGUAUUACAUCAGAGAACCUGGAGAUAAAGGUUCAUUCAUAUUUAUGGUGUACAUGGCUGUGUGUUGAUGAAUGACUGGAGAUCAUGCCAACAUAAAGGUGCCUGCAUAUCUGGAAAUAAUUGACAUAGCUGGGCUUAUUAGAGGUUCUCAUGCAGGGGAUGGUCUGGGCAAUAUGUUCCUGUCUCAUAUACAUGCGGUUGAUGGAAUCUUUCAUGUCUUGAGGGCAUUUGAAUGCUCAGAAAUUACUCAUGUUGAUGAUACAGCAGAUCCUGUUAGAGAUUUGGAUACUAUUAGUGAAGAGCUCAGACUAAAGGAUAUAGAUUUCAUGAAUAAGAAAUUUGAGGACCUUGAGAAGUCAAUGAAGAGGAGCAAUGAUAAGCAGCUCAAAAUUGAACAUGAAUUAUGUGAGAGGGUCAUAAAACAUCUCCAGGAUGGGAAAGAUGUCCGCUUAGGCGAUUGGAAAGCUGCUGACAUUGAGAUCUUGAAUAACUUCCAGCUACUUACCGCAAAGCCAGUUGUCUACUUGGUGAAUAUGAUUGAGAAGGACUUCCAGAGGAAAAGAACAAGUUUCUACCCAAGAUACAUGCUUGGAACAUGGUGGUGAAAGUGAAACCAUACUUCCUUUCAGCUGUGCUUUUGAACAAAAACUAGUGGAUAUGCCAGAACGCAAAGCUGCCAAAUAUUGUGCUGAAAACCAAUUAACAAGCAUAGUCUAUCUUCUGUUAUGUGCUGCUAAAAUGUAACAGGACAAAACGUGCCUGGUACAAAAUGGUAUGCUACCUAGGUCAAUAUUACAUGGUGUUUCAGACAGCCAAAUUAGUCUGCAGGUCAAGUGUUGGCAGGUCAAACUAAGGCCCCUCAAGCUGCUGGUGCAAUUCACUCCAAUUUCAUUCCGGUCCUGGGAGAGGUGGCGACACCAGUCUGAGCUGAGGGAAGCCAGCCAAUUGAGUCACUUUUCUUCUAUCUAAAAUAAAAGAAUUUUGUCUUGGCAGCACCAGAAGAAAGAUGAAAGUUCCGAACCAGCUCAAAACAUGAGACCGAAAGGGGAUAUGUGCUGAGGUAAUGAAGUUUGAUGAUCUUAAAGAGUUGGGCAGUGAAUCUGCUGUCAAGGCUGCUGGAAAAUACAAGCAGGAGGGGAAGACUUACGUGGUGCAGGAUGGGGACAGUAUCUUCUUCAAGUUCAACGUGUCUGAUGGCGGGAAGAAGUGAAAACGUCAGGAGAUGGUAGCGUUUGGUUGUGUGUUACAUCUUACCCUGGAUUCCUACAUUUUUGAGGCCACUAGCCACUAGCCAGGUACCAGAGUGCAAGUUUAAGAUUGUUCAAUGAAGCUUUAAACAGUUGGAAAGAUUGUAUUCAAAUAACAUGUACGGUUGUAUAUCAUGAGGAGCUCACUGUUACCGUGUCGUCUGCGUGCCAGGAAACUUGGAAACACUGGAGUUGUUUUUUGUUGGGCUUUACAUUGAGGACCAUGGUAUGCUGCAAAUGAUUUGUUUGCUGUGGUGGGAAGUUGUCUGAAGAGGGCAGAAUGUGCCUGUGUCAUGUUUGGGCCUUCUACUGGGUCUGGUUCUGGGCCGCACGCUAAGAUGGUUGGAUGUGGCUCCAUUUGUUCAAUGAAUUUGACCAAAGAAUAAACAGACAGUGGGGGUCUCCCCCGCUAUACAGUUCAAAAAAAAAAAAGAAUAAACAGACAGAACAAUUAUGCAA